AUGGCGGCACUUCCGCCGUCCAAUUCUGGACCCGAAUCGUCGCAACUUUCUGCAGAAUCUGACCUUUCUCAAAUGGAAUUCAUGCGCGCUGAAAAUGGCGUCGCUGCCGAAAGCGCUAGUACCGGGGAAGGCAACUUCGUCCCCCGCCCCAAGCGCAUCGCAUGUGUUGUCUGUCGGAGGAGGAAACUCAGGUGUGAUGGGAGACGCCCAAGCUGUGGGACUUGCUCACGAUUGGGACAUGAAUGCUCUUACGAUGAAGUGCGCAAGAAGAGUGGCCCAAAGCGCGGAUAUGUCAAGCAGCUUGAAGCGCGAUUAGCUCAAGUAGAGACUCUUCUCAAAGGCCAGGAUCCGGAGCCCAACCAACGAACCUCCCCACCUCAACCAUCGGAGAAUGCAUUCACAGCGCCCAUCGCCGAUGAAUCUAUACUGGACUUGCCUGACCUCUCGGGCCUAGGAGGACUGGGAGGCAUUGGAGGCAACAUGGAUAACUCGUUCUCCUCUUUGGCUGGCGCAGGCCAGCCAAAUCAAAUUUUAUAUCCGCCGCUCACCACUCAGGGUGGCGGCAACCCUCAAUGGGACUUGAUCAGUUUAGGGUUGGAGGAACCUCUUCCUUCACAGGACGUGAUCGAUGAACUGGAAGCCAUAUUCUUUGAGAAAAUCUAUCCAACGAUGCCCAUCAUCCACCGCCCACGUUACUUUGCAGCCUUGACUCUUGCCCCUAAUAUGCGACCACCGAUUUGCCUGCGAUACAUUAUGUGGUGCAAUGCCGCAUCUGUCAGUGACAAGUACUUCUUUCUGCAUAAUCAUUUCUACCAGCGGGCACGCAAAUAUGCCGAAAUGGACGAAAUGAAAGGAUUCGGAGAGAACAUCGUCAGCUUAGCACAUUGCCAAACAUGGAUAUUCAUUGGAACAUAUGAAUUCCGAAUGAUCUUCUUCCCACGAGCCUGGCUGAGCGUUGGUAAAGCUGCCAGACUCGCACUGAUGCUGGGAUUGAAUCGGCUUGAUGGUGUUGGUCUCGACGUGAAACAAUCCAUCUUACCACCGAGAGAUUGGACAGAGCGCGAAGAACGCAGGAGAGUGUUUUGGGGCGCAUUUGCCACAGAUAGAUAUUCGAGUGUUGGAACCGGUUGGCCCAUUCUUAUUGAUGAGAACGAUAUCAGGACCAAUCUCCCCGCAUCUGAAGAAUCUUUCACCAAGAGCAAGCCACAACGAACACUUCAUCUGAACGAUAUCAUCACUGGAGAUGGUGUUUCCACCCUAGCCCCUUUUGCAUGCGUGGUGGUUUUGGCAAGCCUUUUCGGUCGUAACCUCGUACACAUCCAUCGGCCUCAGCCCCAAGACAACGAUCAUGACCUCAAUGGGGAGUUUUGGAAGCGCCACAGAAGCCACGAUAACAUUCUUCUGCACAUUUCGCUCUCGUUGCCUGAUCAUCUCCGACUUCCAAGUGGUAUGUCGGACGUGAACGUCAUUUUCGCCAACAUGAGCAUCCAUACUUCAACCAUAUGUCUUCACCAAGCGGCAAUAUUCAAGGCAGAAAAGAACAAGAUGCCGAAUCAGAUUACGACCGAGAGUAAGCGCAGAUGCCUUGUUGCCGCGAACCAGAUUUCGAGUACUAUGAAGAUGAUCAGCCACGUUGAUUUGACGAACCUAAAUCCUUUCAUGUCUUUUUGUCUCUAUAUUGCUGCUCGUGUCUUUGUGCAAUAUCUCAAAUCCCGGCCAGAGGAUUCGAGUGUUCAGUCCUCAUUACAAUUUCUCGUCUCCGCUCUGAAUGCGUUGAAGAACAAAAAUCCUUUGACCGAGUCCUUUCUUGUUCAAUUAGAUGUGGAUCUUGAUGGAACUGGCAUUCGCGCUUUGGACGAUAGACAAAAAACAAACAUGUGCGCUGCACAUUCUAUGGUACAACCAUACUGCCACGAAAAUAUCGAAUGUGCUCCUAUGUACGACGUCCGUCAAACACAUGAAACCGCAAAUAAUGAGCCUCCCCAACAAAGUACCAAUCGCGGUGGCAAUCAACAGCCCAUGCCUGCUGAUAUGACGACGUCCCUCCCUAGCCGGAGCAGGGACUCCACGACACAGCUCAGCGCAGAAUCCGACUUUAAUGGCGAAGACAUGUGUCAUUAUCCGGGAACAUCCACUCAGGCGACAGCUUCAAAAAUGGACCGAGCCGGGCCACAAGGGGCCAUUGUCGAUAUGGACAUGGAUUUCCCACCUGAUUUCGGCAACCUCAGCGAUAAAAAUAACCCACCUUCAGACCAUCCCACCCCCUCAACCUUGAAUUCAUCCUCCAACACCUCUUAUUCAAUUAACGGUGCCGAAGACCUAUCACCCGGAAACAAGCAGCAAAAGACAAACUCGGUAUAUCGGAGUCAGGGGUCGGCCCGAUCCUUUGACAAAAUCAAUCCAACCAUCAUGCCACAAGGAAACACAAACCCACAGGCCACUGAUUUGGGUUCUAUGGCUAGUCGGUUUUAUCCAAGCAGCUCUGUUAGCCCGCCACUUCCCACGGGAGCGUCGGAAAUCUUUUCUAUGCCCUCUGUGUGGGACCUUCCCACCCAAAAUCUGGAAACCGGCAAUGAGGACUUUGGAAACUUGAACAUGGAUACUUUCAGUGAAUCUCAGUGGGCUCAAAUGCUGAAUAGCCAAAUUCAGGGCUCAAAUGGGAACAACGCUGGCUGGGAGAACUGGCGGCCAUCGUGA